AUGGCAGAACCAGGACCAUCCACGCAGCCUGCUCCCGGCGAUGCAGACCCGGUGAGGAAGAAGAGCCUCGUAACACAGGAAGAGGCUGCCGAGGCCUCCCACGUCGAACACAACCUGACCUUCACCGAGGCCGUGAAGCUGUACCCCAAGGCUAUCGGCUGGUCGGCGUUUGUGAGCAUCGGUGUGAUCAUGCUAGCCUUCGAUCCUCAGCUCGUUGGAAAUCUGUACUCUACCCCUCAAUUCCAAAGAGAUUUUGGAUACAUGUACGAGGGCGACUACAUCAUCAGUGCGCCCUGGCAGAUGGGACUCAGCAUGGGGAACCCCGUGGGCCAGGUAGUCGGCGCUCUCUUCGCUGCUUAUCCAAUGGAGAGGUACGGGCGCAAGCUCACCUAUUCCGUUUGUGUUUUACUUGUCGCCGGCCUUGUCUUUAUUCAAUUCUUCGCGCGAGAUAUACGUCUCCUCCUGGCUGGAGAACUUUUGGCCGGCCUCGUCCUCGGCAUGUUUGUUGUCAUCGCCCCCGCGUACGCUUCCGAGGUAUGCCCACUCGCUCUUCGUGGACAUCUCAGCUCCUUCGUCAACUUGUGCUUCGUUAUGGGUCAGCUUCUCGCGAAUGGGGUCACGGCGGGUACACAAAAGCUAGACAACCAUUGGGCGUAUUCCAUCCCAUUUGCUUUGCAAUGGUUUUGGGUUGCGGUGAUCCUUCCAGGCCUUUGGUUUAUACCUGAAAGCCCCUGGUGGCUGGUUCGAAAGAACAGAAUGGAAGAGGCAAAAAAGUCGCUGGGGCGACUGGCUUCGGACAAGGUCAACGUGACAGCAACCUUGGCGUUUAUUGUGCAAACCGAUAGACUAGAGCAAGAGAUGGAAGCAGGAAGUACCUAUUUGGAUUGCUUUCGACCAAUUAAUAGGAAGCGGACAGAGAUAUCAAUCGGUGUAUACUGCACUCAGGUUCUGAGUGGGAUUUAUCUCAUCAACUAUGGGACGUUCUUUUUUCAGCAAGCAGGUCUGCCCACUGAUCAGGCUUUCAACAUGUCCGUUGGAUUUUUGGCUGUUGGAUUCGUAGGCACGCUUGUAUCAUGGGUACUGAUGCUUCGAUUUGGUCGGAGAUUCCUCUUCAAUUGGGGUCUCACAGCUCUGACUGUUCUACAACUCCUCAUUGGAAUACUUGAUUGUGUCCCAGGCCGCCCAUCUUCAGUGAUCUGGGCCGAGUCUUCCCUCAUGCUUGUAUGGAAUUUCUUCUACGACAUCUCUGUCGGGCCCAUCUGCUUUGUGUUGCUUUCCGAAUGUUCGGCCACCCGUGUUCGUUCAAAAACCAUUGCAACAGCUACAGCAGCACAAGGAAUUCUUGGAAUCAUAAUGACGGUCGCCAUUCCAUAUAUGAUCAACCCUGCCGAGGCGAAUAUGCAAGGCAAGCUGGGCUUCUUCUUCGGUGGAUUGGCUGGUUUGUGCUUGAUAUGGGCUUUCUUCCGAGUGCCAGAAACCAGGGGCCGAACAUACGAGGAACUUGACUUGCUGUUUGAUUGGAACGUUCCUGCAAGGAAAUUUAAAGGCUACCCGGUGGAGCUAGAAGGCUCCGUUGCUCAACGAUAG